AUGUAUCCCGACAUUCAACAUUGCAAGACACAGUACACCCAUGGCCACAACACCAGUCGAGAGCCCGAGUUCACCGUGAACUACUACAAGUCUCACGACGGGCCUGCGCUCGAUGUGCCACCUCCCGACUAUUUCUUCGCCACUAAGCUCAUCGGCGACACGUAUAUACAUUACCCCACUGGCGUUGCCGUGCCGCAGAUGUGGGUUCGCGAUAUGGGGUACCAAUGGAAGCGAGUCGAAUCGGGUGUAUCGCACCCGUAUCUGUCUCCCGCCGGCAGUUAUGAGCCAUACGUGCUGAACAUUCGUGAAGGCGAUCAGUACGCGACGUGGAUCGUGGGAAAUACUAAGAAGGAAUAUGAGAGAAAGCGUGCUAAAAAGGACGAUGUGGCGUCAGAGUAUUACAUCGCGGGCUUGCGUGCCGGGGAGAGCUCCGCUGGUGGACAGCCGUCGUCGGUCGGCACAAGUCGAUGGUUCUGGUGA